AUGCUCUCAGUAGGUCCAUUGCGAGCCUCCGAUCAAGCUUGCCCGGCCGUCACAGAGGGUGUCGCCACGUCCGAUGGAUGUGAAACAUCAUCAAGACCGAUUCAUCAUAGAGCAAACAGUAGCCCGCCACCCGCCUUCUCCCUCGAACCCACUUCACCAGAUUCCACAGUACCAGAAAGUCAGAUCCCUUAUAUCCGUUGCUUAAGCGAACGCCGAGGCUUGAGAAGACGAACGCCCACUGUGUCUGAGAAAAGAGUUCCGGUGUGCUUCAUACAUCUGAUGUGCUCAAACGGUCGCCCGUGCAGCAUCCCCCUACUUCUCUCACCAGCAACAGAACAUCUUGAACCGUGGCAGCCGCCUGCCCAUCCCCAUUUGGUGCCUCUCGUCACAGGUGAGUCUGCUGUCGAAUUUCCCCGCCAGUUAUCCUCCAUCGUUCCAGGUGAGUCUGGUGGCGAAGCCCGUGUACCGUGA